AUGAGACCAAGCUUUCUGUUCCAAUUUGGCGCCUUGGUUCUCUCCGCCAGCCACGUGCAGGCUGACCUCUCAGAUCUAUUCAAUGUCACAACUUUCCCCAACGAACAGAAGGAAAACGUUACAAAAUGGUUAGCCGAAGCCCGUACUCUUGCCGGUCCAGACCUGUCUGCUCACUACGGCCAUCGAUGUAUCCUCGGUCAAGUCUACCCCGUCCUUUCCAACGCAGCUCAGACUCCUGGUUUCAUCCAACCUCGCGAGGUCUUUGAUCGUUUCUACUUCGUUGGGCAGAGCGCCGUCUCGGCAUGGGCCUAUGACACGGGAGAUGGGCUGGUGGUCUUUGACGCUUUGGACAACGCGGAAGAGGCUGAGAAGAUUCUUGUCCCUGGCCUGGAGGCCCUCGGCUUCUCUGGCAGCGACAUCAAGCAUCUCAUCAUUACCCAUGAGCAUUUCGAUCACUAUGGUGGGGCCCGGUACCUCCAAGACACAUACAAUCCGUCCACAUAUGCGUCAGCCCCGGCUUGGGAGACCUUGAGCAAACUGGAUGACGGGCCUGUCGAGGAUAAAAUUAUUGCUGAAGGGGACGAGCUCACCUUCGGCAACGUGUCAAUCAAAUUCUACGUUACACCAGGCCAUACCCCUGGCACCCUUUCCUCCAUAUUCAAGCUAUACGACAAUGGCGUCGAGCACACGGCUGGUCUCUACGGUGGAGGCGGUAUCCCAAGCACUGCCACAGACAAGGAAAAUCAGAUCAAAUCGUUCAAUCGCUUCGCGGACUUGGCUACGGAGGCGGGUGUUGACACGCUUGUAGCAAAUCAUCAGACGCAGGACCGGUCUCUGUACAGUUUUGAUCUCCUUGAUCAUAGACCUGCAGGAGGCGAGCAUCCUUUUGUCAUCGGGACCGACGCGUACGACCGCUAUCUGCGGGUGAUGGCGCAGUGUGUGCGUGUUAAGGCCGCUAGGGAUGGUCAAGAUUUGCACAUCUGA